AUGGCAGACAUACAAGAAGCAUCCAAUCGCCCCAGUGCAUCGGCAGUCAGCCAGCACAUCACCACAAACGGCUACGAACCCCCUCAUCUCGCAGCAUCGGCCCAAGUCCAGCACAACCUCCAGCACCAACACCUCUGGACUUCCAUAGUUGGAGAUACCAUUCCUGGACAAGCAGGGGACUCAAACACACUUCAAAAAGACCCCCGCCAACCCCCACAAGAACCAAUUCCUCUCCUCUCAGGCUACCCUCCACACCGUGUGUACACGCAUCCAGACGAGCAGCUGUACAUGUUAGAGAAUGGAAUUCGCGAAGACGACCUGGAACCGGAGCGCAUGUUUGUGGUGCCGGUGAUUCAGGGUCAGCCGUGGACUCUGCGCCAUAUGGCUGCUGUCUUUGACCGGCUCCCUGAUUUUAAGCAAAAAGCCGAGGAGCUUGAUGGAUCUGUUGAUCAUACAAACCUGAAGCCGGAGACAGAUGAUUCAGACCCGAAAAAGGCAGAGCAAUUGAAUCGAUACUAUGAAAAGAAAGAGCAGGCUCGUCUGACUAAAGAAUGGGGCUCGCAAAAGCUGCUGCUUGCUAUGGUUGAUAAGGGCAUGGGUGGAGACGGGACAGUGGCAUAUUAUGUUGUGCAUGAAGGCGAGGUCAAGCCAAGGCAGAACUGA